AUCUGGUACUGAUUAUCCUGCUGGUGCUGCUGCUGCUGCUGCUGCUGCUGCUGCUGCUGGUGUUGGUGCUGCUGCUGAACUCAGCUGCUACUUCCAGUACUUUCCCCUACACAAUGCUGCCUGCUGCCCUCACCUCCUUCCUGGGGCCAUUCCUUGUGGCCUGGGUACUGCCCCUUGCCCGAGGUCAGACCCCCAACUACACCAGACCUGUGUUCCUGUGUGGAGGGGACGUGACGGGAGAGUCGGGUUACGUGGCAAGUGAGGGUUUCCCCAACCUCUACCCCCCAAACAAGAAGUGCAUCUGGACAAUAACGGUGCCUGAGGGCCAGACUGUGUCCCUGUCCUUCCGAGUCUUCGAUAUGGAGCUCCACCCUUCCUGCCGCUAUGAUGCUCUGGAGGUCUUUGCUGGAUCUGGGACCUCAGGCCAGCGACUGGGACGCUUCUGUGGCACCUUCCGGCCUGCACCUGUAGUUGCACCUGGCAAUCAGGUGACUUUAAGGAUGACAACGGAUGAGGGCACUGGGGGACGAGGCUUCCUGCUCUGGUACAGCGGUCGGGCCACCUCAGGCUCUGAGCACCAGUUUUGCGGGGGGCGGAUGGAGAAGGCGCAGGGAACCCUGACCACGCCCAACUGGCCUGAGUCGGAUUACCCCCCAGGCAUCAGCUGUUCCUGGCACAUCAUUGCACCCGCAGACCAGGUGAUCCUGCUAACCUUUGGGAAGUUCGAUGUGGAGCCAGACACAUACUGCCGCUAUGACUCCGUCAGCGUGUUCAACGGGGCUGUGAGCGAUGACUCGAAGAGGCUGGGGAAAUUCUGCGGAGACAAGGCCCCUAGUCCCAUCUCCUCUGAAGGGAAUGAGCUCUUGGUCCAGUUUGUAUCAGAUCUCAGUGUCACCGCAGAUGGCUUCUCGGCUUCCUACAAGACCCUGCCACGGGAUGCCGUGGAAAAGGGGCCAGCCUCAAGCCCAGGGGAAGAUGUCCAGUCUGGUCCCCCAUCCCGCUCUGACCCAAAGACAGGAACUGGGCCCAAAGUCAAACCACCCGCCAAACCUAAAUCCCAACCUGCAGAGAAACCAGAGAGCUCCCCAAAUACACAGGAAACUCCAGCGGUCCUGGAUGCAUCCAGUGUCACCUGUCCAAAGCAGUACAAGCGGGUGGGCACCUUGCAGAGCAACUUCUGUGCCAGUAGUCUGGUGGUGACCGGAACGGUGAAGACCAUGGUCCGUGGCCCAGGUGAGGGCCUCACCGUCACCAUCAAUCUCCUCGGUGUCUACAAAAGCGGAGGCCUAGAUCUGCCCUCUCCGCCCAGGGACACCCCUCUGAAGUUCUAUGUGCCCUGCAGGCAGAUGCCCCCCAUGAAGAAAGGAGCCAGUUACCUGCUGAUGGGCCAGCUGGAAGAAAGCAGAGGCCCCGUCCUCCCUCCAGACAGCUUUGUGGUUCCCUACAAGCCCAACCAGGACCAGAUCCUCAAUAACCUGAGCAAGAGGAAGUGUCCCUCCUUCCCUAGGCCAGCUGCCUGAGGUCCCAGCCAGAUGCAGCCUGAGUGUGGUGCUCUCAACCCAAUAAAUGUUUCGUAACUCA